UCCCCAAUGCCACCAGAGUGGAAGGUCCAAGUGCGCGAGUUUCUUGGCCGUUGCUUAGGCUACCUGCUGCUACUACCUAUAGUAUUUUUGUGGCUGCCUGCUGUAAACCAGCUCAAAGACCUAAAUUUCAUAAUCAAUCGAUCAAUCAAUCAGAAGCUGGUCAAACAGGUAGCCUACAACCUACCUACCCAGUUAUUUGUGGAUGCUGGGCACUGUCUUGUCCCCAGGGCUUUCCAACCCUUGGAAGAUCUGCGCCAGGGGUGGAUUCAUAGGCUCUUUAUGGCACUCCAGCUGGUCGUGGCAUGCGUAACCCUGCUAGAUGCUUCUAACGGGUACUAGGCUACUAUUAUACCCAAACCUAACCUUGUCCUAGGAUGCUGUGACCUGACCUUGCCAAGGUUGCUUCACCAUUCCUGGAGCUCCUCAACGUGACAUCGUGAAUAGGGUAAACAACCGCAUGGACUGGCCCAACACACCGACGGUCACGGCUGGACACCCUCCGAAAAAGUACUUAGCCUAUAACGCAUCCUGACACUGGAGAUGGUCAUCAGUCAGGAGUUGUUGUUGGUGAGAGACGCAGCUGAAGAUCUCUACUCUCCUUUCGAAAAAUUUAAGCAAGAGUAGCAAUGCCUCCAAAACGAGGCAAGAGUUCUCAAAUUGAGAAGGCAGUUGCAGCGCCAUCUCCCCAGAGAGCCAAUUCCAGAAGAAAACAGGCUCCUCAACCUGAAGAGGAAGUUGUAAGUCCACAUGCAGCAACAACUAGGAGGUCUAGGGGAACCAAGCUAAAAGAGGAGCCAGUAGUACAAGAAAUUCUUCAGCCUUCUUCUGCCAAGAAGACUGAGAAACCAAAAGGUAGGACAACCAGAGCUUCUCAGCUCUCUGUAGCAGAAGAUGAACCCAAACCACAAGCCAAAGGAACACCAAAGAAAACUAUAACUCCAAAGCGAAACUCACGCCAGAAGAAAAUUGUGGAGCCUUCUGAUAGUGACUAUGAAGGUGAAACUGUCUUACCACUAAGCUCACCUAAAAUUGCAAAGCAAAGCAAGAAAAGCAACAAGAAUGCAAAGAAUGCUGAAACAGAUGUUGCAAGUAUGAAGCAUGAAAAUACCUCAGAGGCUCCAGAAAUAAGUGAGAAACUGAGAGGGAGACAGUUUGGGGGUAAGUUCCAGGCUGAUGAGGCAGAUGUUUGUCAAGAUGCUUCUUACAACUUGGAAGAAGAUUCUGCUAAAAUCCCUGAAGCAGCAGUUAAAUCUAGUCCUGUAAAAAGAGGGAGGAAAUCUAGAGGACAAUUUAAUAAGGAAAUUGGUAGUCAAGAAGAGGACAAUCAUAAUGAAACAGCUGUUGAUAAAAAAGUAGAUGCUGGAACAGAGAGGGAUAUUGCUGGGGAUAAAGUUGAUGAGAAGCCAAUGAAGAGUAAUGAUAAACAGGAAAACGUAAGCUCAAAGAGAGGUCCUCCAAAGAGAGGAAAAAGAGCUACCCGUGCAACAAGUGUAUCUAAUUCAGAAGAAAUUAUGGGCUUCCAUGUAGAAAAUAAGUCUCUGACUCAGGUUGAAGAUCCAGAGAAGAUCACAGCUGAUGUUAAAAAGAUAUGUGAAUCAGAAGAAAUAGUCUCACAGGAGCAGGGUUCUGACAAACAUACAAUGAGGAAUAUAUGUAAUGAGGCAGUGGAAAUGUCAGUAAAUGCAAAGAAGGAAAGGGAGGUCCCUUGUAAGGAAACUGCAGAAGCUAUGGACAUAAAAGAACAAGUUAUAAUGAGGAUAAAAAGUGAUGAAGUGGAUAGUGGAGCGGUUGAGGAGGAUGUAAUUAUGAAAGAGGAAGAAGCCAAUGAAAUAAACAAGGAUGGGGAAGGUCAUACCAGCAAAGUGGAUGUCUUUGAUGCUUCUGGAGAUGAAACAAAGGUAGAAGAAGGGGAAACUGAUGGAGAUUCUGUAUCUACUGGGUCUUUGGAAAAGUGUAGCAAGGGAGGAGAUUCAUCAGAGGGAUUUGAAGGUUUUGAAAUAGAUAAUUCACAGAAAGGGGAGACUGUAUCCUUGAGGGAAAUAACUCUUAGACAACAGCUAGAUUUGUCUGAUGAGCAAGUAAUUUCUCUGUCUAAACAUAAAAAUGAAGACCCAACAGAGGAUCUUAAUAUGGAAGUAGAUGGUGCAAGUGUAGUUGAUCUCAAACAUGCGUGUGAAAGUAAUGAAGAGUUGAAGAUGCAAGAAGAGAAGUGUUCUGAAGAUGUUGAACAAACUGUUAAGCAGGUGUUGGAGGAUAAUGAUGAUUUGAAUGAUGAUGAUGCAAGUACAACAAAGAAUGAAACCUUUGUUGCACAAGAGGUGGUGGAGUACAACAGCAAGAGUAGAGUACGAAGAUCAGGUAGAAUAAAUGCCCAAGAACAAAGAGGAACUGAACCAGAGACUGUGACCAGUGUGAGUUCUGGCAGUCAGAGUACUUCAGUGGUAGAGACCAGAACUCAGGCUGGAAGGUCUCCAAGAAGUCAGAGAGCAGCUGUUGAAGAAAUGUUAACUAAAGGUACGGUUGAAGUAGAUUCAGAGAAAAUUGAAGUUAAACCUAAUGGGAGAAGAUCUCGUAGUCAGAGAAUUAUUCCAGGAGCAAAGAAUGUUAAUGACAGUAAUGAAAUUGAAACCAAGCUUUCAGAAGCAGACCAGAAAAAGGUGGAAGAGGAGGUAAAGACGACCUUUGGAAAAAAGCAGAGAGUCACGCAGAAGAGUGAUACACCGAAAGAUGUAAAGUCUGAAAAUCUAACUGUGAGUGAAGAGGGUAUGUCCAUAGGAGUUUCUGAAGAGAGGAUUGUUGAUGACAAUGAACAUGUGAAGAAAGAAAUUAUGGAAGAAGCCAUGGAAGCUGAUGCAAAGGAACAUGCAUUAAAAAAUGAAGAGGUACAGGAACAUGAACCACAUUGUGAUGGCACUCUUGUAGAUGAGGGAAGAUUGAAAGUUGAAAAGUAUGAGAUGAAAAAAGUUGAUGAAAAUCAGUUAACUGAAUUGGGAAAAGACGAAAGCAAAUCAGAAAAUAUUACAUCAGGAGAAACUGAAGUAGUGGACCCUAAGCCCGUGAAGAAGGAAGACAUAAAACCAUCAUGUCAGGAAACUGUUGGAUCAACUAAGGAAAGGCCAAGAAAAAGUAGAUGGGAUGAUCCAAGAAAACUUGAAGAAAGGUUGAAAACUGACCCUAUAGUAUCUGUUAAUGAAGGCAUUACAACUACUGUUUCUAGUUCAGCUGUGCCUGUGAAGAUUAUCACAACUAAAAAGGAGUUGAAGUCCGAUAAAGAAAUAACCUGGACUGCUGAGGAUGAGGCCAUAUCUGUCACAGAGCCUGCUGUGCAGAAGUAUGAGAGUGUUGUGAUUAUAACCAACACAUUGUAUUCAAGAGAACUGCAUACAAUUGGUUAUACAGGAAAUCAUCUCACUGUAAACAUAAUAUCAGCAGAUGAUCUUAGUCCAGAAGCAUUAGUUGAGGAAGUGAAGAGGAAUAAAGAGAAGUUUCCCCAAAAGUCUCUUUGGAUAUUAGUGUGUGGUAUUUAUGAUAUAGCGGGGGUUUCCCAACAUCCAGAUUGUCAGCAAUGCAAUUUUGUCUUGAAACAAUUAAUAACCACAGAUGUCUCCUGUCUACCUUUAGAGUCUGUAGCUUAUCACCUUCAAGAUAAGACUAGUAGAUUCAACAAAGUUCACCAGAAGAUUCAGAGAAUGUUGGAGCCCAAUGGAGUUUUCAUUUUAUCACCACCUAUUCCCUUGCUUAUUGCUGUGGAGGAGGCAUUCCAUAAUCACCCAACUCUUCAUAGAGCAUGUAGACUGAAUUAUUCAUUUUGUGCAACUGUUAAAACUGUUCAAGCUCUUUAUGUUUCUUACAAUAUGUUUUGUGAUGUGUGGACAAAACUUGCUUGUGAGUGGAUGAGCUCACUUCUGCCUGAUGAAAUCUUUCAGAAUUUUCGAACUUCAAAUCGCAAUUUGAAUCUGGUUGGAGUUACAGAAAUUAGAGAACAUGUGCUGAAUCCCAAGCAUAGUUGGGCUAAAAUGAUGCGCGAGCUAAUGAAUGUUGUCUCUUCUAUACCAUUUCCAACGAAAACUGUUUCCAUAAAGAAAAGUCAGAUGAAGAAAGAUGGUAUGUUUAAACGUGCUGUGGUUAUAGGAAAUGUCAAGUAUCUUGACAACUUGAAACAGCUAACAUCAAGCUUUCCAAUUUCUUUCAUAGAUGAAGAUGUAUAUUUUGAUGAAGAUGGAAUGAAUCUGUUAAAAGAGCAACAAGCGAGUUGGCCUCCCAACACUAUAUGCAUAAUUUUAACGGGAGUUUCAUGCAUUGCUGAGGCACUGGAAACUGGGCCAAAGUGUAUAAGAGCUUCAUGUGACACACCAUUACCAGUGUUUGUUCCUAAGAAUCAUCCAGAAGGAAGUUCAGAGUAUUAUGGAAUGAAUACUGAAGAAAUGGUUAAUCAUAUAGUAAACACUGCCUUUGAGUUUGCUCAGAAUACAAUUGAUUUCCUGAAAGAUGGGUCUGCUUUGUUUUUAGCCCCCAUCAUGCCUCUUCGAGCAGUAUGGGGAGGCAAGCAGUCAAAGUUAUCCCAUGAUGCUUUGCACAAGCUUGUUGAAAGUGACUCUGUCCCUGUUUUCGGGGCAUCGCAGAAUGAGUGGUUGAAAUGUACCCAAGCCUUAGAAGAUAAGUGGAUUCAAAUGACUAUGGAAAAUCUUGAUCCCAUUAGUGAAGCUUACAGUCUUUAUGAAGAGUAUCUGAAAGAGAAAACAGAUAUUUUGCAGUAUAUUGUGGAUUCCAGUGACAGAACUGAUAAUUUCAGAAAUACAUGGUCUAAUUUAGUCUGCAAUAUUUUGAAGGAUUUCUUAUAUUCUCAUGAAGUGCAAGAAGAAAGUCAGUUACUUCCCUCAGAGUACAGUGAUUUAUUGGAAGAAGCUCAUUCAUAUUACUCUGAAGAAUUGUUUCAUGGAAAUAGCAAGCAGUCUGAGAACUAUGGUACACAAAAAUAUGAUGACAAGGAAAUGGAGGACUCUGGGAAUUGGAAGGAUCAGUCCAAUUCAUAUAAUUCUACUCAGAGUUCAUAUCAGAACAAUCAGAAUUCAUCCUAUGGGGAUCAGAACUUUGGUUACCAAGGACAAAACUAUCCUCCUUUUCAAGGUGUGGACCCUUCAUUUUCUGGUGGUGCUCCUUGGAUGGGAGGGCCUCCGCCUCCUUGGGCUUCAGGUCCUCCUCCUAGCUUUCAUCAGGGCCCGCCACAUGGUCCACCAACUUGGGGGCCAGCUCCCCAUUCUCAGUGGAUGUCAGGCCCACCUAUGUGGGGAGCAGGACCACCACCAGGUCCACCACCUGCAUGGGGAGCUGGAGGUAUGCCCCCAUGGUCAGCAGCGCCACCACCCCCUCCGUCAUGGACAUCGGGCCCUCCACCACCAGUUACUCCUUCAGUCUCUUCUGCUCCAGCUCCAGCAUGGCAAAGUGUUCCUCCACCACAGUCUGGUCAGCUUCAGACUCAGACUUUGAACAAAGAGUCUGAUUCUUCUAUGCCUGCAACAAACAUAAUGAUUCAAAAUGUGACAACUGAGAUGAAGAUAGAGCAGGCCAAAAAGUUGUUGGAGUUAUUUGGUGAGAUGACAUACUUGAAGUGGCCUUUGGAUCACUUAAAUAAACCUGCAAAGUUCUUAAUGGCUUGCUAUGCUUUGAGGGAGGAUGCUGAAAAAUGUGCCCGAGUUGUCAACUAUGUGAAACCUUUUGGAAAAGACUCUGAAGUGAAAGUGGUUGGGUCAUCAAUAAGUGGAGAUAAGGGUGAUUCAGUUACUUCGCAAGAUUUACGAGAAGUAUCUUUAGUCCAAGAUCUCCUUAACAAGAUUAAAGAUGACAAUUCAGUGAAAAUUAAAGAGAACUCAAAUAGGGUGGUUGUCGCCAACAUUUCAAGUCUCAUUCCUAGGAAAGUUAUUGAUGCUUUGUUCCUAAGCUUGAGAGCAAAUCGUAGUUUCAAGAACUUUGAUUUAAGUGUCAUUUCUAGUGAAGAGGAACUUCAUUACUUCGUUUGUGGCAGUGUUUUAAAUGUCAAGAUGAUGGAUGGCUAUAGAUUUCCAGACAAGAAACUAAAGGUGAAACUUGUGGGGCCUGAUGAAGAUAAGACUUUUUCUUCAAGUGAAAUGGAAGCAGCAAGGCGAGAGAUUGAAUUGCUCAUGAAAAAGUAUGUUGACUCCAUAGCAGAUUUAACCGCCACAAAAUACAUAAAUAAAAAAGAAGUUAACAUAUACACUUUUAAGACUGUACGGUGCCAGAAUGAGAAAAAUUGUAAGAAUCCAGGACUCUGUCACGAUUAUCACAUGUGGAAAGAUAGACGUCGUUGUCCUAUUCUGUUUAGAUACAGUGAUGAAAUGUGCCCCAACCUGGACAGCAAUGGGAAGUGCCCCGCCAAAGAUAAGUGCUCUAAAGCUCAUUCGCCUCUGGAAAUACCUUUCCAUCUGAAAAACUUUAGAGCUCAUAUAUGCACAAGUGCAAGGAAGAAGGGCUACUGCAACAAGACUGAUAAGAUUUGCGCUUACUUGCAUCCAGGGACCACAGAAGCAUUUUAUGAUCGGCAGUGGAGAGAUGUGUAUGUCGAAGGACUUGACAGAUCCAUCACUUACUUUGUUGGAGCAAUCAUGAACCUCUUCAAAGUGUCCAAACAGAAUUGUGUUCGCGUAUUGCUGAUUACCCCAGCUCCAGAAUUGGUUACAUUCCUGGUGAAGUCUAUGGAAGCACUGUCAUUUUCAUGUGAUCAAGAAAUUGCAGCUUUAUCACCAGAUGGCAAAGCAAAAAAAGCAACAAUACUGGUUGGAACACCUCAAGCUGUUAUAAAUUGGAUGGCUGAGGGGAAAAGAAGCAAAAAUGUCAAUUUAGAUAGACUAAAGGCACUUAUAGUUGAUGAUGGACCUUCGGUUGUUGAUUUCAUUGAAAUGCACGGUCAUAAUUUCUUGAUUGAAUUUGCCAAGAUUAAAGAUUUGAAUAAAGUGAUUACUGCUGAAAAAAUAAAUAGACAAGAUGUCACAGCUUUAGAAAGGUUAAGAAUCUUAACAGACUAUAAGAAGAUUUAUCAAAAAGAAGACAGAUCUAAGCGGUCACCAUCCCCAAGAGGCAGGUCACCAUCACCAAAACGAUCAUCACAGAAAGACCAUAAAAGCUCCUCAUCUUCAGGGCGUGACAGUCACAUGGAUGAUGAUAGACAGCGGUAUAGUAGAGAAAGAGAAAAGGAGAAAUAUCUUUUAUCAGCAGAAUCUAAACAGUAUGACCGAGAUAGGCAAUAUGAGGAACAGUUACGGCAGGAAAUCGAAAAGGAAGAAGUAAUGCGAGAGCAAGAAGGGCUUCUGAGGGAGCAGUUGAAAUUAAAAGAGCAAAUUAGACGUGAAGAAGAACUUAAGCGUGAAGAAGAGUUGAGGCGGGAACAGAAAAUGAGACAUGACCUGCAAAUGAUGCAAGAACGAGAGGAGCAGAUGAGGCAUGAUCAGGAAAUGAAGCGUGAACAGGAGAGGAGGCAGGAGCAAGAAAGACUUGAGCUAGAGAAGAAAAAGAAAGACGAAGCAAAGGCAAGAAGUUACCAGAAAUUUAUGGCAGCAAAAGAAGACUUGAAGCGCGAACAUGAAAGAGAACGUAAACUUUACCUUGAACUACCAGAAGUUCACCCUGAAUAUGAGGAAAAGUAUCGGGUUUUCCUUGAUCAGUACAAGACUCAUUAUCCUGGAAGAAAUGAUGCUGAACAUCGCAAUAAGUUGUGGAUGCUGUUUUGGAAAGAGCUUGUGUCAUCAAUGCUGGAGACAGCAUAUAAAAAGAAAAGGGAAAUUCUUGAAAUGGAAUAUUUGAGAUCUCAAGGAGGUGAACAAUCUGAAGUAGAAACUUCAUCAUUGAAAAGAAAAGCCCCAUCAGAUUCUGGAAAGGGAAGUAGCAAGUUUCCUCGAAGUGAAGAGUUUGAUCAAUCAAGACCUGGAACAAGUUCAGGUAAUAUGGUAUCUUUAUCUCAAGGAUUAACAUCAUCUAAUGUACAAACUACUCGCAGUCAUUACAGUCAAGGUGCAUCAUCGCUUUCAUCUCAACCGUCAGCUUUUCUAGGUGCAUCAUCAUCUAGUUCACAGUUCUCCCAGACUAGUAGUUCAUCUGUGUCUGUUCCCCAGGCAGUUGCUAUAAUUAACGAGGUUUGUGAAUGUUUAGGAGACUUAAGCCCUGCUAUCAGGUUAGUAUUGCAAAAAAUCCAUGCUGUGAACAUGGAUCCAUUACUAACUGGAAAGGUUUUUACUGAUUCAGACAAUGCUAUGAUUAUGAAAAUAGCAGCAGCAAAAAUGAAGGAAGCAAGUGAGAAGUAUACAAGCCCUAUUAAGGAAAAGUUAGUUUUGGCUAGUUAUCAAGCUAUGCAAUUACUGGAAAUGCCAGCUGCAAUGCCUCCUGCCCAGAAAAAACCUUAUCAUGGUCUAGACAUACAAAAAGUUGCUCGAGCAACAUUUGAUAAGGACCCUGCCUUCAUUGUUCAGUUUAUAAAAAAUGCAUUGUUAUAUGAAGGUGUAGAAAAUCCUUCACAGGAUGAUAUUUCUGACAUAUUUGUGACCAUAACAAAUACUCAUUUUUCUAUGGCAAAUAAUUGAAAAAUGUCAGAAUUACUUGGUGACAGUAUCUGUAAGAAGUCCAUUGCUUCCUUACAAAUUAGAGCUAAUUGUGAAGUACAGUAGAUUGCUUUCAGAAUUCUUGUGUUGUAAUUUUAUUUUUCUGAAGUAUAUACAGUUAUUGAGAUGAUACAUGACAUGUCAUGUAUGGCAUUGGAUGAAACAGUUUGUUAUUUAUGGUUAGAAAAUAAGUGUAUUUUGUGAUUGAAUAGUGUAACAUAUUUUAGAUCCUCGUUAUUUUAGUUAGUUUAUAAAUAAUUAGAAGAAAAUUUGAUGGAAACACCUCCUACAUAAAAACAUUUUUUUUUAUAUUUGAAAUUGAGUAAGCCCAUAUGUCUCAAGUUAUAAAUUGUUUGUGUCACAAAUAUAGUUUUUGAGCCAGUCAUGAUCAAAAUGAAUUUCAUGCCUUCUGGUUGGUUUUCAGUCCUGAGAUGUUUCACAUUAAAAAUUUAUUUUAAGAUAUUUGUCGUUAUGCAAAUAACUGAUGUAUAAACAUGCCUGUUUGGAGUAACUGGUUUUAGUUUGGUGUAUUCUACUGGAACAGUAAUGCACGUAGUCAUACUGUCUUUAGAAAACUUAUGUAUACAGACAUACCUCGCCUCACAUCAUUUGAAGAUCCAUAGUUUUCAACUUAAUACUAUUUCUUAAAUAAUAAUAGGGACAUUUAAAAGUACCCUGCGUCGGUUUACUCAAGGUCAGUGACAUUAUUAGUGUCAUUGUUUGUUUAUAGGAUGCUUAAAGGAUAAUUUAUUAGACAAUGCUUUUGGGCAUUCUUUAAAUUUUAAUAAAAGAAAAUUAUAUUUUUAUUAAAAAACAAAAGGGUGAACUAUUGAAUUUCUGUUAUCUUUUAUUUCUCCAUAAUGACACUAUUAAUGAUGUUAUUUGGGUGAUUUUAGGGGUGCGUAGGUCUUUUUUUUUUAAGUUGUUUAAUUCAAGUUUAAUUUUUUUUUUCUACAUAAUGUUGCAUGUAUUGGAGCAAAUUACUAAUUUUAUGUGAGGUAUAUCUGUAUAUGCCUUGUACUUUAGAAAAUAAAAAUCAUUUAAUUGUUUGAACCUUUUGUUCUUGUCAUCUGUAGUAAGAAAGAACAUAUUUUUAUGUAAAUGUUGGUUUUUUAAGUAAAAGAAAUAAUUUUUGUUUUUGUAUAGGGAACAAGUAUACAAUAAGCCAUAAGUUUUACUUAUACCAUAUAAAGUUUUUAAUAUGAAA